ACGUAUUUAGAAGAAAAAAAAGCCGAUUAACCAUUUGUAAACUUAUCCAUCUAUUUAGCGUGUUAAAAUUCUUCAAAUGUUUAUCGAACGUGAUAAAGAAAAAGAAUGUAAUGAAAUCUCAUCAUUACGAUAUCAUACGAAAAAUUAUUAUGAAAUUCAUCGAACAAAUCUAUUUGGUGAUGCUUUUCGAUCAUUACAAAGUGCUUCAUCGAGUACAUGGAAAAAUACGAUUCGUAUUAGUUUUAUUAAUCAACAAGGACUUGCUGAAGCUGGUAUUGAUCAAAAUGGAAUCUUUAAAGAAUUUAUUCAAGAUGUAACACGACAAGCAUUUGAUCCUGCAUUUAAUCUUUUUAAAGUAACAGAAAAUCGAACAUUAUAUCCAUCUCCAAUAUCUGAUCGAACAGAAAAUUAUUUAUAUCUUUUUAAUUUUAUUGGUAAAAUCUUAGGCAAAGCUGUUUAUGAACAAAUUGUUUUGGAUAUUGAAUUAGCACCAUUCUUUCUACGUCAUUUAAUAUCACGAAAAAAUCUCAAUUAUUCAUGUUUUGAUGAUUUAAUGUUUCUUGAUAGAGAUCUUUAUACUAAUCUAAAUUUUAUUAAGCAUUAUGAUGGUGAUGUAUCAUCACUUGCUUUAACUUAUUCAAUUGAUGAAGAUGUACUUGGUGAGCUGAUGACAUAUGAUAUUAUUCCAUGUGGAAGACAUAUUAAUGUCACAAGUGAUGAUAAAAUUGUUUAUAUCCAUCGAAUGUCAGUUUAUCGAACAUAUACACGAAUUAAAAGUCAAAUAAAAAUGUUUACUGAUGGUUUUAAAACAUUAAUGAAACCCGAAUGGAUUAAUAUGUUUUCGGUUCCAGAAUUACAACAAUUAAUAUCAGGCGAAUCAUCUGAUAUUGAUCUUGAAGAUUUAAAGACAAAUGUUGUUUAUCAAGGUGGUUAUCAUCGUACACAUCCAGUUAUUAAAUGGCUUUGGCAAACACUUGAACAAGAUUUUACAAGAGAAGAAAGAGCACUUUUUCUUCGAUUUGUAACAAGUUCAGGUCGUGCACCAUUACUUGGAUUUCGUGCAUUGAAUCCACCAUUUACAAUUCGUUGUUUAGAAAGUUCAGAACAUGAAGAGGAAGGUGAUUCAUUAGGAAGAAUAUUUCGUAAUAUGAUCAGUAUUAAUCGAACAUCAUCGGAAAGACUUCCAUCAAGUUCAACAUGUUUCAAUUUAUUAAAAUUACCCAGUUAUAAAACACGUCGAAUACUUGUGGAUAAACUGCGAUAUGCUAUCAAAGCUAAUGCCGGUUUUGAACUAUCUUAA